AUGGCAGUUGGAAUACAGGUGAGGUGCCUUCGCAUGGAGGCACAUCCCGUGUUCCUUCGUGCGCGCAUGGAGACGCGCCCAUGUUGCGUCAGUCAGCUUAGGGGUUGGUUCUCUUGUAUGGGUGGAGGAUCAGAUGAAGCAUGGAUAGAUGGGGAGACUUACAUUGGAAAUAUAUUAAUUGCUGCGAACCCUUUCCAAAAAUUGCCCCAUCUGUACGAUAGCCAUAUGAUGGCGCAAUACAAAGGAGCAGCAUUUGGCGAGUUGAGUCUGCAUCCUUUUGCUAUUGCAGAUGCUGCUUAUAUACUAAUGAUGAAUGAAAGAAUAAGUCAGGAAAUUUUGGUUAGCGGUGAAAGUGGGGCUGGUAAAACCGAAAGCACGAAAUUGAUUAUGCAUAAUCUUGCAUACAGGGGGGGAAUUGUGGAACAACAAUUUCUUCAGGAUGAAGAUGUUGAACUUUUCGUCAAUUUGCCCACCCAGAAUAUUAAUCCAGCUAAAAACAUGCUCUCUUCAGAAAAACCAAAGAAAGACCUCUGCAUGGAAAAAGUGCAGCUUCCGAUUUUCUUUCCCAAACUAAGAAAGAUAACAGCAGUGCCUUUUAAAGGAUCGGGCAAGCACAAAUACAGUUUCCAACGUGUUGAAUUUCCUUCUCUCCCUGUACACUUUUGUGACUGUGAGGAACAUUCUGGCCCUGAGACAGUUAAAGAAAAAGCUUAUAAUCAUAAAAGUGAAAAUUUUGGAGUAAAUGAGGAAGAGCUUAACAUUAUGAAGUCGGUUAUGAACAAGAUUUUGGAAAGAGAGAACUGCUCAAAUGCAACUCGUAACAACGCUGGAUUUACUAUGGAAGUACACAAUUCAGCCACAUUACUCAACAAUGUGCAAGUUGAUGACAAUGGGGAUGAUCAAGUGACGAUGAAGAUAACCUGA